AUGAUCGAUACAGAAGUUGUGCUUGAAGCUUUGAGCGUGCUCUGCAAAGACGGAGUAAGCUGUGCUCAAAGACAAAGAUUAGAGGAUGGGUUACCCACAGCAGACAUUUUGGAAGGAGUUGCAAAGGUGCAUCUGCCCAUCCAGGAGCUGUCCAUCAAGGACCUGAUCCCUAUAGCCCUAUGUGGUGAUAGAACCAGGAACCAAACUCUUGAAGGAGCAUUUGAAAAGUUGCCAGUAUGCAUGAUCAACUUGCCAAACGACAUCAAUAAAGACGAAAAGACAGGACAGAUUGUCAUCAAACCGGAAGAUUACCUGUGGUCCGAGGAACAUUUGGACCCAAGAUUCAACUACGACUUCACCAAGUUGAAAGACACAAAGACCUAUUACAGAGGUGGGGAGCUGUACAAACGUCCAUGUGGUUGGCAGCGUUUUGCCCUCAAGGUCCUGGAUAAGUAUGAUGACAAUACCUGGCUGGGACACAACUGGCGUACCACAGAGUCUGUCCCAGGGGAGUGGCCAGUGUCCUACCACGGGACAGACCAAAAAUUUGUCAAAGCCAUCAUCGAACAGCACUUAAAGGCCGGCAAUCGUAAACUUUAUGGCAAAGGGAUUUAUUCGACUCCAGACAUUGAUAUAGCGAAGGGUUUUGCCACAGAAUUCACCGCCAAAAAGACAAAAAAGAAGUACAAAGUGAUUCUGCAGACUCGUAUCAACCCUGAGCACAGGGAGAAAUACAAUGAUGACAAGUACUGGAUGGUUCCCAUCUCUGAAGACGCAUCAGACCAAGAACAGCAGGAGAAAGUUGAAAAUGCCAUCCGUCCUUAUGGUCUUCUGUUACAGGAGAUCUAACAAAUGAUCACUUAUUUGUUUCUCUUGAGUUAUGGUCUAUGAAAAAUACUCUCAAAUGGAAUGAUGUCUCACAUGCCUGUAAGAUGAAUAUGUACAAUCAAUAACACCACAUAUAGU